AUGCAGAAAUUCGGCUGUCCAGAGCGAUUCACUCAGAUUGUGCGUCAGCUGCACGACGGUAUGAUGGCACGAGUCAUGGACAACGGAGCUGUCUCAGAGGCAUUCGCAGUGACUAACGGAGUGAAACAGGGAUGCGUGCUGGCACCAACCCUCUUCAGUCUUAUGUUCUCUGCCAUGCUGAUGGACGCCAACCGUGAUGAACGUCCCGGGAUUCGCAUCGCCUACAGGACGGACGGUCACCUGCUUAAUCAACGGCGGAUGCACUUCCAAUCACGCGUAUCCACAACAACCGUUCACGAACUCCUCUUCGCCGACGACUGCGCCCUGAACACCACCUCAGAAGAGGAGAUGCAACGGAGCAUGGACCUGUUCUCCGCCGCCUGCGAGAACUUCGGUCUGGUCAUUAACACGCAGAAGACGGUGGUGAUGCACCAACCGCCACCCAACUCGGCCACAGCCCCCAACGCGUCGCCACAAAUCAGUGUGAAUGGGACCCAACUGCAAGUGGUGGAGAACUUCCCGUACCUGGUCAGUACUCUCUCCCGCACCACCAAGAUUGAUGACGAAGUCGCCAACAGGAUCUCGAAAGCAGUCAAGCCUUCGGUCGUCUCCAAAGCACAGUUUGGAAUCGUCACGGUCUUCAACUGA